GGAGGCAGCGGGACUCGGGAACCUGCCGCUGCUGCUGGCGGAGCGAGUCCGCCCCGGCCGCAGCAUGGGAGGGACCCGGCCCGGGUUCGCCUUCGCCCGCCAGCUCAGGAGGCAUCCCGGACUCAUUCCCCUCAUCGGCUUCAUCGGCCUCGGCCUGGGCAGCGCCGCUCUGUACCUGCUCCGCCUGGCCCUCCGUAGCCCCGAUGUGAGCUGGGACAAGAAGAACAACCCAGAGCCGUGGAAUAAACUGAGUCCAAAUGACCAAUACAAGUUCCUGGCGGUUUCCACUGACUACAAGAAGUUGAAGAAGGAUCGGCCCGACUUCUGAGGCCACCAUGGCGGGUCCGGGUGCCCCCCGCCGGGCCUGGCUGCCCCCCCUGUCCCCUGCUUGCCGCUCAGGGCCCGGCUGGCUCCAUCGCGCUGCCUGAGGCGAUGCUGCCGGGCCCUGGCCGCGCCCUGACGCCCCGGCGAUGGGCACCACCCCUAGCACUGCAAUAAAACCCCAACGCACCACACAACGCGGGAGCCGACUUUCCUACCCGAGUAGCCCCCGGGGGCAGCGUCUUCCAGCCGCCUCGGGAAUUC